AUGUCGCUGAAAUGUUUGAGCCGCGAUUCCUACCGGGUGGGAUGGAUAUGCCCUUUAGAGGUGGAACAGAUCGCGGCAAUGGAGAUGCUAGAUGAGGAGCACCAACCUCUUCCGCAACCCAGCGGGGACACAAACGUUUACAACCUUGGCAGCAUCAACAACCAUCACGUGGUCAUUGCUGGUCUUCCUCGGGCAGGGAACUGCUCCGCAGCCACUGUCGUCACUCAAAUGAGGAUGACUUUCCCAAAUCUCAAAUAUGCCUUGUUGGUUGGGAUUGGGGGCGGCGUCCCGACAAAGACUGACUGGGGAAUGAUCCGUCUAGGACAUGUGGUCGUUAGUGAACCGACAGGUGUCCACUCCGGGGCGAUACAGUACGACCAUGGGAAGGCGAAGGCGGGUCACUUUGAACGCAAAGGUUUCCUCGAAGCCCCGCCAACGGCCCUUCUUAACGCUGCACGAGAAUUGGCUGUCCGGCGCCAGCGGGUGGAUGAUGAUCCAAUUUGGGAGAACCUGGGGCGAAUCCAAACUAGCCGUCGAAGACUUCGCCGCUUCAAGUUCCCUGGCGCCGUGAAUGACCAUCUCUACCCGUCCAACUAUACACAUGGGCAGCAAGGGGUACCGUGUGAAGAUAGUGGAUGUGACCCGAGGCAGCGUAUCGAGCGACCGACAGACGAGGAAGACGACUCGUUUAUUGUUGUACACCGAGGCACAAUAGCAUCAGGGGAGUUGGUGAUAAAGGAUGCUAAGAAGAGAGACGAUUUGGCGCAGGAGCAUGGGGUACUAUGCUUUGAAAUGGAGGCUGCGGGAGCCCUUGCCGAUUUCCCAUGUAUGGUGAUUCGAGGCAUCUCCGACUAUUGCGACUCGCAUAAGAACGACCAGUGGCAUGGUUACGCAGCGGCAGUAGCGGCCGCUUAUGCGCGGCAGUUAUUUUUCCAUAUGUCCAUUGAAGAGGUGCAACAAAAUUCGAAUUCGAGACAAAUAACUUUCGAGCUUCCACUUAACCUGUCCGAGAUAUCCGAAGUGACCCGGUUCGUUGCACGAGAAGAUAAGCUUAAGAGAAUGAAAGAGAUCUUCGACACAACUAUUGGACGCCGUACUGCCGUGGUGCAUGGAUUGGGUGGUAUUGGCAAGACGCAGCUAGCUAUCGCAUAUAUUAAACGAAAUCGGUCUCAUUACUCGGCGACAAUAUGGCUGAAUGCGAGAGAUGAAACAACAUUAAAGCAAAGCUUUGCUCGCACAGCUGAGUGGAUUCUACGCCACCACCCGUCUCUCACAUACAUUGCAGGUGCUUUGGAGAGCCGAGACUUGGACGAGACGGUAAAAGCGGUCAAACGAUGGUUGGACGACCGGAUGAAUGAUCGCUGGUUGAUCGUCUAUGAUAACUAUGAUAAUCCCCUAUUGGGCAACCAGGCAGGGAAAGGCAUAAUCUAUACUUCCUCUGUCGAGGCAAGUACAUAUAGCGAUGACGAUAAAGAUCUUGCAAAGGCUUAUGAUCUUCGGAAAUUCCUACCCGAGACCGACCAUGGUGCCAUCAUUGUGACCACGCGGUCCUCUAUGAUAAAGCUAGGCCAGACUAUUCAUUUACGCAAGCUAGAGGAUAUCAAUGAUAGCCUUGAGGUCCUGGCUUCCGUCUCUGGCCGUGAAAAUUUAAGACAAGACCCUACAGCUACUGAUCUUGCGAGGCAGCUUGAUGGACUUCCUCUGGCUCUCGCGACAGCUGGCGCAUACCUAGAGCAAGUUUCGAUUAGCUGCACCGAGUAUCUCCAGCUGUACCGAGAAUCAUGGCAGCAAUUACACGAAGAGACGCCGCAGCUGGCGGCAUACGAUCAAACGCUGUACUCAACAUGGAAUCUCUCAUAUCGAUAUAUUCAGGAGCAGAGCCCAAUUGCAGCUAUGCUUCUCCGACAAUGGGCGUAUUUUGCUAGUGAAGACUUGUGGUAUGAGCUGCUGGAGAAUAGUGGCCCGGAAAAGCCGGAAUGGCUGAGCGCACUGACAAAGAACAAGCUCAUAUUUCACGCAAGCUUACGACUUUUGUGCAGUCACGGGCUCGUUGAAGCUGAUCCGGCUACCAUAUUACAGAGAGUGGAAUCACGAGGCUAUAGCGUACAUGGCUGCGUUCAUUCGUGGAUGAUUUAUGUGCUGAAUCAGGGGCUUGAAAAUAGUAUGGCCUGGAUAUCAGUCAAAUGUGUAGCGGCGCGUGUGCCUGGGAAUGACGAACAGGAAUUCUGGCUUUUACAACGGCGGCUUAUUGCACAUGCAGACAGAUGUUUGGAGACAAUAAAAUAUAUAGAAAUUAAUGGUGAGGCUGCGGGGGCUCUGCAUUCUUUGGGUUUUCUCUACGCACAUCAAGGGCGGCUCCAGGAGGCUGAGGCGAUGUACGAACGAGCGCUUGAAGGCUACGAGAAGGCGUGGGGACGAGAACAUACGUCGACGCUAGCUACCGUCAACAACCUCGGUCUUCUCUACGUAGAUCAAGGGCGGCUCCAAGAAGCAGAGACAAUGUACGAACGAGCGCUCGAAGGCUACGAGAAGGCGUGGGGACGAGAACAUACGUCGACGCUAGCUACCGUCAACAACCUCGGCAACCUCUACGCAGAUCAAGGGCGACUGCAGGAGGCUGAGGCGAUGUACGAACGAGCGCUAGAAGGCUACGAGAAGGCGUGGGGACAAGAACACACGUCGACGCUGGAUACCGUCAACAACCUCGGUCUUCUCUACGUAGAUCAAGGGCGGCUCCAGGAGGCUGAGGCGAUGUACGAACGAGCGCUUGAAGGCUACGAGACGGCGUGGGGACGAGAACACACGUCGACGCUGGAUACCGUCAACAACCUCGGCAACCUCUAUAAGAAUCAAGGGCGGCUCCAAGAAGCAGAGACAAUGUACGAACGAGCGCUAGAAGGCUACGAGAAGGCGUGGGGACGAGAACAUACGUCGACGCUAGCUACCGUCAACAACCUCGGUCUUCUCUACGUAGAUCAAGGGCGGCUCCAAGAAGCAGAGACAAUGUACGAACGAGCGCUAGAAGGUAAGGAGAAGGCGUGGGGACGAGAACAUACGUCGACGCUGGAUACCGUCAACAACCUCGGCAACCUCUAUAAGAAUCAAGGGCGGCUCCAGGAGGCUGAGGCGAUGUACGAACGAGCGCUUGAAGGCUACGAGAAGGCGUGGGGACAAGAACAUACGUCGACGCUGGAUACCGUCAACAACCUCGGCAACCUCUACGCAGAUCAAGGGCGACUGCAGGAGGCUGAGGCGAUGUACGAACGAGCGCUUGAAGGCUACGAGAAGGCGUGGGGACGAGAACAUACGUCGACGCUAGCUACCGUCAACAACCUCGGUCUUCUCUACGUAGAUCAAGGGCGGCUCCAAGAAGCAGAGACAAUGUACGAACGAGCGCUAGAAGGCUACGAGAAGGCGUGGGGACGAGAACAUACGUCGACGCUAGCUACCGUCAACAACCUCGGUCUUCUCUACGUAGAUCAAGGGCGGCUCCAAGAAGCAGAGACAAUGUACGAACGAGCGCUAGAAGGCUACGAGAAGGCGUGGGGACGAGAACAUACGUCGACGCUAGCUACCGUCAACAACCUCGGUCUUCUCUACGUAGAUCAAGGGCGGCUCCAAGAAGCAGAGACAAUGUACGAACGAGCGCUAGAAGGCUACGAGAAGGCGUGGGGACAAGAACAUACGUCGACGCUGGAUACCGUCAACAACCUCGGCAACCUCUAUAAGAAUCAAGGGCGGCUCCAGGAGGCUGAGGCGAUGUACGAACGAGCGCUUGAAGGCUACGAGAAGGCGUGGGGACAAGAACAUAUGUCGACGCUGGAUACCGUCAACAACCUCGGCAACCUCUACGCAGAUCAAGGGCGACUGCAGGAGGCUGAGGCGAUGUACGAACGAGCGCUUGAAGGCUACGAGGCCGCUUUUGGGGCGACCUCAACUUUUACCUAUAUCCCUGCCUUGAGCACUCUGGAGAACUUUGGCCUUCUAUGCGAGAGGAACGGGCAGAUUGAUACUGCUCUGCUGUAUUAUCAACGGGCACUGGUGGGCACUGAGGCUGUUUGGGGUCAGUAUGGCGAACGGUAUUUUCGGCUUUCCACCAAAUUAUCUUCUUUCGAGCGUGACACACUCGAGGUUGUUGAAAGAGAAGAGCCUGUUCAAAUGAAAACCAACCGGAGGGUAAAAUGGAAGAAACUGGGAGCCAAGCUCUCCGGUAUGUAUAAGCCAAAAUAA